UAGAUGAUCCGAAACAUGAAGUUUCAUGUUCUGAAAUUUAUGUUAACAUGGAUUGCAGAGGGUUUUGUGAAAAUGUCAAGUACCCAACAACCUGAAGAUAUAGCCGAUAAAUAUUUGAAAGAACUCGUGCACAGAAACAUGAUUGAAAUAGUAACAAGGAAGGAAGAUCGAAGGCAUAAAACAUGCCGAAUGCCAAGCUUUCUUCAUGAUUUCUUCUUUCAAAAAUCUGAGGUUAUAGGAUUUAUUCACGCCCACCAUUGCAGAGCGAAUUGUACACCUAUAGAUUCAACUGCUCAGCUUAAUACAGAUUCACCGGCUGAUCAGCCUAAUACAGAUUCAUCUGCUCAGAAUAAUAUAGAUUUACUUGCUCAGCCUAAUAAUGUUUGUUUAUCAGAUGUUUGUUUUAAAGCCCAAACGAGAGGUCCAUCCAACGAAAAAAUCAAUGAGUUGCUUAAAACAAUUAUCGAUAGGAGGGGAUCUAGAGGUUUUGUGUUGACGAGGGUGCUUGAUCUAGAAGGUGCCCACAGACCUUUGCUACAUGCGAAACUCGGCAAGUUUUUGAGCAACUUAAGGUACAUAAGCUUGCGAUGGACCGGUAUAGACUCAUGUCCGAAGUCUAUUGGCGAUCUACCGUGCCUGGAGACUUUAGAUUUGAAGUAUACUAACAUAACCAAUCUGUCGAGUUCCAUUUGGAAGGCGAAGAACCUUCGACAUCUGCUUAUGAACGAGGUGUCCAUUCCAAAGCCGUCAUCAUCAAAACAGUCUUCAACUUCAAUGUCCAACAUUCAGACCUUAACGGGCCUCCGUAUCGGUUUUGAGGACCCCAAAGAAUACGGCUUGAACAGAUUCACCAGCCUUCGGAAAUUGGGACUGACUUGCCAUUCAAGAUCAUCAGUGGAGAAAACAUGGGAUUGCAUCUCACAACGUAACAAACUUCAAACUUUCAAGCUGAGAUCAAGAGAUCAUCAAUUCGGUCAGCCUUUAGAGCUCGUGAUUCCUGACAAUCUGACAAUCCAUCCGUCUCUCUCAAACUUAUAUUUGUUCGGAGUGUUCGGAAUGUUCGAAGUUCGAAACCUUCCCCAAAACCUCAAAACCCUGACACUGUCAAUGUCGAAAAUCAAAGAAGAUCCAAUGCCGGAGCUAGGGCAGUUUCUGCCUCAGCUGAACAUACUCAGGCUUUUUGCUGACUCUUUUGUAGGGGAGAAAAUGAAUUGUCUUGGUGGGGGAUUUCCCAAACUUCGUGUGUUGAAAUUGUGGACGUUAGAAACCCUCAAGGAGUGGAUCGUUGAGGAAGGUGCUAUGCCCGAACUUGAAGAAUUAGAAAUUAGAGGUUGUGAAAAACUGGAAAAGUCACAAGGAUUGGAGCGGCUGAGUCACCUCAAGGAAUUGACUUUAACAAACAUGAAGCGGGAAUUUGUAGACGAUGUUAAACAAAAUCUGGCGUCCGUGGACAGAUCGCACAUACUACUCACCAACAAGUUCAAGUCUUCAACCACUCUUGCAUAUGAUCAGGCGCGUGACCAGGGUCAGUGAUAAUUGCCUGGAGAUCAGUUUUGUCAGCCAACCAUCGCGCCUCCGGAUAAGGUUCCCGAGUUAAAGUGUGGCUGUGAUUCUACAAACAAGUUUUAAGUUAUGUUUUCUUCUGUUUGUCUAAACAGUUUUGUAUACUUUGUAUUUAGGGCUAAGUCCCUUUGACUGUAUCUGUGUUGGUGAUGUAAAACUAACGUAAAUAUGACGUCACAUAUAUGUAUAUAUGCUUUAAAUUUUACGUCACAUGUAUGUCUGCAUA